AUGUUUGCGGGUAAAUCAAGACAAAGGCGUUACAUACCAGUUCACAGAAUCCCGCUCUCCGAGGAGAAGAGGAAGUCGCCUCUGGCAUUUCAUGCCAUUACUGGCUGUGGUACGACAAGCCAGUUCUAUGGUGUGGGCAAGGCUUCGGCGUGGAAAGUCUUCCAAGAUGCACCUGACCUCUUGGAACACCUUGGAGAAGAAAGCCAAAUCAGUGCUGACGUUCUUGCCAAAGCUGAAGCCUUUGUAUGCAAACUCUACAAUCCGGGAACACAAGAGUUGAAAAUCAACAAAGAAAGAGCAGCAGCGUUUCGCAAAUCCAAGAAAGAUCUCGACACCCUACCUCCGACUCAAGAUGCACUGAUUCUCCACACAAAGCGGGCAAACUAUCAGACCAUGGUAUGGAAUAAAGCGCUGGAACCAUGUCCUUCUCUCCCAAAGCCUGAAGACAGCGGAUGGUACUACAGUGAAGUCCAUCUGAAGCCAAAGUUAAUGACACGAGAUGAAGUGUCAGCGGCGUGUUUACAGUUAGCAUACUGUGGGUGCUCCCGAGAAGGCGGAUGCUGUGUAAACCAACGCUGCACUUGCGUUCAACUAUCUCUUUCCUUUUCCAAGGCAUGUAAAUGUGGCGACAGGUGCAGAAACGACAGGAACACUACAGCAGAGGCGAACAAAGCAUGA